GUGUGUGUGUGUGUAGCUGAAAUAUUUGGGCCUAUGAUUAAAAGCGCUCAGUUCGCACUCGUAGAGGCUCCUCCGCGCUCUGUCGAUCUCUGUGCGCAAUUACGCACGCCCUCUCUCCCUUUGCUGCUCUCUCUCUCUCUCCACACACACGCACACACACAGUCACACACGGUCCCGCUCUUCGUGGGAGAAAGUAAAGAAGGGGCGAGGGAAAGAGAGGGAAGGGGGAGAGUGUGUGAUUCCAGCUCUCUCCACUUUGGGCACUCGGACCCCGUCGGACUCAAUGGGGCUUCAGCACUGAGGGGUUUGAGUUAUUCUAAGGCUCUUUAUUCGCCCUAAAGCCCUUCAGUCGUUGGGUUCUGAGCACUGAGGGGACCUUUGAGGGACGCGUCGGGCAGAAGCAGAGACGUCUCCGGGGACGUGCCUUCAGCCGCUCGCCUCGCAGAGGGUCCGUCGGUCCCCGUCGGCUGACUUUCUGUGAGCGGAUCCUUCCCUCCACCGCUCACAGCGGCUUCUACUGCGACACUAUGGACACAGGACGUGGUCCCCAUCGCAGGACACGGAGACCUCGGCGCGUGGACGCCUCGUCCUUCGUCCUGGUGGCCGCGCUGCUCGUCGCGUGCCAAGCGGCUGCGGCUCGAGCAGACCCGGUGGACGUCCUCAGGGCUCUGCAGGUUCCCUCUCUGCCUGAGGGGGUGAAGAAGGUGCCCGGUUUCUGCACGUCCCGUCGCUCCAGCAGCCCCGACCACGCGUACCGCAUCAGCAAGAAGGCGCAGAUCUCUGCUCCCACCAAGCAGCUGUUCUCAGGUCGCUUCCCAGAGAACUUCUCCCUCAUGGCUCUGGUGAAGGCCCAGGCGGGUCUGCAGGCCUUCCUGCUGUCCGUCUACAGCGAGCAGGGCGUGCAGCAGCUGGGCGUGGAACUGGGACGCUCGCCGGUCUUCCUGUACGAGGACCAGAACGGAAAACCAGCCCCCGAGGACUUCCCACUGUUCAGAGGGGUCAACCUGGCAGACGGCAAGUGGCAUCGUAUCGCUCUGUCUGUCUCCAAGAAGAAUGUGACGCUGCUGCUCGACUGCAAGAAGAAGAUGACGCGGCCUCUGCCCCGCGGCAACAACGCAGAGAUCGACACCAACGGCAUCACAGUGUUCGGAGCCCGUCUGCUGGAUGAGGAGGUUUUCCAGGGAGACAUCCAGCAGCUGCUGAUCGCCUCCAACCCUCAGGCUGCCUAUGACUUCUGUGAACACUACAGCCCAGACUGUGACUCCCCUCUGCCCAAGACCCAGGCUCAGGACCCCAACACAUACAAGAAGGAGGGAAAUGGAAAAGCAGCCCCCACUAAGUCCAGUCUCCUCAAACCCAAACCCACCCCCCCUAAACCAGCCAAGGCAGGAAAAUUCAAAAUAGUCAAGACCCCCAUUCCCACCAAAGCUCCCAAACCUUCCAAAGCCAAGCCCACUGCAGUAGAAGCUCUGCUGUCUAAGGUCAAAGCAACAGCGGCCCCUAAAUCUAAGCCCACGGCCGCUCCCUCUAAGAACAACCAGAAGAAACCCAACGGUGCCGCUAAAGCCAAUGGUACCGGGAAGGGCCCUGAAGCUAAACCUACGGCCCCGGCCAAGGUCAAUGGAAAUGGAAAGUCCUCAUCUGAGAAGAAGCCCAAUGGGAAAACCACCAUCGCUCCCAAGACUAACGGAAGCAACCACGGAAAAGCUAAAACCAAUGGAAACGGCAAAGCUAACGGCAAAGCUGAGGUCAAAGUCAACGGUGAGGCUAAAGCUAACGGCAAAGCUGAGGUCAAAGUCAACGGUGAGGCUAAAGCUAACGGCAAAGCUGAGGUCAAAGCCAACGGUGAGGCUAAAGCUAACGGCAAAGCUGCGGUGGAGAAGAAAGGCUCCACAAAUCUGAGCAAACCUGAAACCACUACAAAAGCAAACAAAGCUACCAAAGCACCUAAAGCCACCAAAGCCUCAAAGCCCGUGGCCACUAAAGCUCCAGCCACUAGGUCUUACCAGCCGACAGCCCCAAACAGAGCGGCGCCGACUCCUCCCUCGAGGUCCGGACUGGGACAGAACCAUAACGUCAAGUCCCUGCACAAACCUUUCCCUCCGUUUGACAAGACGGCGCUGAGCGGAACCGCGGUCGCACCCAAGAGAGGCUACGGUUUUCAGCAGGACGUAGACACUGAGCGCUCGGAGGCUGGCCACACCCCGACAGACCCCCAGUAUUUCUAUGAGGAGACGCUCCCGGUGGCCGAGGGUGAGGUCAUCGAACCGGAGGAGAUCCCACAGCCUCAGGUGGAGCCAGUGCUGGUGGGGGAGGAGGUGGAGGGCACCAAGGCGGGCGGUGAGGGGGAGGAGGCCUUCACGGAGGAGUAUGUAACAGGAGACGUGGGCCACAAGGAGUACGACUACUCCUACAGGGACUACAAUGAGCCGCUGGUGGAGGCGGGGGAGCUGGACGCCGACAUGGGCCCCGUUCUGUCCGCCGUGACGGACGAGGGACGCGCCAACGUCAGGAGCCAGAAAGGAGAGAAAGGAGAAGCUGCCGUCCUGGAGCCGGGCAUGCUGAUUGAAGGACCUCCAGGACCUGAGGGACCUGCUGGUCUCCCUGGUCCCCCUGGCCCUUCUGGACCCCCUGGUUCUGUUGGAGAUCCUGGUGAGAGGGGUCCUCCUGGUCGACCUGGUCUGGCUGGAGCUGACGGAGUCCCUGGACCUCCUGGAACCUCCGUCAUGCUGCCUUUCCGUUUUGGUCAGAGCGGAGGAGAGAAGGGUCCUUCUGCUUCUGCACAGGAAGCUCAGGCAGCGGCCAUCUUGUCUCAGGCCAGGAUGGCUCUGAAAGGACCGCCUGGACCGAUGGGAUACACCGGACGCCCUGGACCUCUGGGAGGUCCUGGAAGUCCUGGUCUGAAGGGAGAAGGUGGAGAUCCUGGACCUCAGGGCCCCAGAGGACCUCAGGGUUUGAUGGGACCUCCAGGCAAAGCCGGAAGAAGGGGCCGAGCUGGAGCUGAUGGAGCCAGAGGGAUGCCAGGAGAGCCCGGAACCAAGGGUGACCGCGGCUUUGAUGGUCUUCCUGGUUUGCCUGGUGACAAAGGACACAGAGGAGAUCCAGGACCACUGGGACCCCCAGGACCCACAGGAGAGGACGGAGAGAGGGGAGAUGACGGGGAAGUUGGGCCCAGGGGUCUCCCAGGUGAACCAGGACCUCGUGGUUUGCUCGGACCCAAAGGUCCUUCUGGAAUCGCUGGACCUCCUGGUGUACGAGGAAAUGAUGGACCCCAGGGUCCCAAAGGAAACUUGGGUCCUCAAGGAGAACCAGGACCUCCAGGUCAGCAGGGAACCCCAGGAACUCAGGGAAUGCCAGGACCUCAGGGAGCUAUUGGACCCCCAGGAGAGAAGGGUCCCACGGGAAAACCGGGUCUGCCUGGAAUGCCUGGCGCCGACGGGCCUCCUGGCCACCCAGGAAAAGAGGGACCUUCUGGCACCAAAGGGAACCAGGGCCCUAAUGGUCCUCAGGGGCCCAUCGGGUAUCCAGGCCCUCGUGGCAUCAAGGGAGAACAAGGAAUUCGUGGACUCAAGGGCCACAAGGGAGAAAAGGGAGAAGAUGGUUUUCCAGGAGUUAAGGGAGACUUUGGUGUCAAAGGAGAACGGGGGGAGCUUGGAGUUCCAGGUCCCAGAGGAGAGGACGGUCCGGAGGGACCGAAGGGUCGCGUUGGACCUCCUGGUGAGAUCGGGCCACUUGGACUUGUAGGAGAGAAGGGUAAACUUGGUGUUCCUGGACUUCCUGGAUAUCCUGGAAGACUUGGACCCAAGGGAUCUCUAGGGUUCCCAGGAUUCCCCGGGACAAACGGCGAGAAGGGAACAAGGGGUUUGACAGGCAAAGCAGGGCCAAGAGGACAAAGAGGACCAACGGGACCCAGAGGUCAGAGAGGACCAAGGGGUGCGACCGGGAAGCCAGGAGCAAAAGGAACGUCAGGAAGCGACGGCCCACCUGGGCCUCCUGGAGAGAGGGGAUUACCUGGACCUCAGGGAGCGAACGGGUUCCCAGGACCAAAGGGACCUCCUGGACCACCAGGAAAGGACGGACUGCCCGGACACCCUGGACAGAGAGGAGAAGUUGGUUUCCAAGGUAAGGUGGGUCCACCUGGUCCUCCUGGAGUCGUUGGACCUCAGGGUCCAUCAGGAGAGACUGGCCCCAUGGGUGAGCGCGGCCACCCCGGACCUCCUGGUCCACCUGGAGAGCAAGGACUUCCCGGCCCUUCAGGGAAGGAGGGGACAAAGGGAGAUCCUGGACCCCCAGGAGGCCCCGGUAAAGACGGCCCCCCAGGACUGAGAGGCUUCCCUGGAGAGAGAGGGCUGCCUGGAACCCCUGGAGGUGGAGGUCUGAAGGGAGGCGAAGGACCUGCUGGUCCUCCUGGACCUGCUGGAUCUCCUGGUGAAAGGGGACAACCUGGCACUGCUGGAACUGUUGGACCUCCUGGCAGACCCGGUCCUCAAGGGCCUCCUGGACCCGCUGGAGAGAAAGGAGUUCCUGGAGAGAAAGGUCCGAUUGGCCCUGCAGGUCGUGAUGGAGUGCAGGGUCCUGUGGGUCUGCCCGGCCCAGCUGGAUCCCCUGGAAUACCUGGAGAGGAUGGAGACAAGGGUGAGGUUGGAGAGCCGGGUCAGAAAGGAGCUAAAGGAGGAAAAGGAGAACACGGUCCUCCUGGUCCACCUGGGCCUAUGGGUCCCGUCGGUCAACCUGGUCCUGCUGGUGCUGAUGGGGAGCUGGGCCCACGUGGGCAGCAGGGGCCUUUUGGAGCUAAGGGUGAUGAAGGAACCAGAGGAUUUCCUGGAGCCCUAGGACCCAUCGGACUGCAGGGACUUCCAGGACCGGCCGGUGAGAAGGGAGAGACAGGAGACGUGGGACCUUUGGGUCCUCCAGGUCCUCCAGGACCCCGUGGCCCAGCUGGUCCCAACGGCGCCGAUGGUCCUCAAGGUCCUCCUGGAGGUUUGGGUAACCCUGGGCCAAAUGGAGAGAAGGGAGAACCUGGUGAGAGCGGACCACCUGGAAUCUUAGGAGAACCUGGAAAGAAGGGUCCUCGUGGAGAACGUGGAGAGAAGGGAGAAGCCGGACAGCCGGGCACUGCUGGGCCUGCAGGAGGACGAGGACGACCCGGAGACGACGGACCCAAAGGAAAUCCUGGUCCUGUCGGUUUUCCUGGUGAUCCUGGUUCCACUGGUGAGGUUGGACCCAGAGGUCAAGAUGGCGCCAAGGGAGAAAGAGGAGAAGAUGGUGAACAAGGAGAGUCUGGCUCCCCUGGACCUCCUGGUGAGAACGGCCUCCCCGGCCCCCCAGGGAAGAGGGGUCCUGCUGGAACGAGGGGACCAGAGGGGCGUCAGGGAGAGAAGGGAACCAAGGGAGACCCCGGGGCUGUCGGCCCCCCAGGAAAGACUGGCCCCGUCGGCCCCCAGGGACAACCAGGAAAACCAGGAACAGAGGGUCUGAGAGGGCUCCCAGGAUCAGUGGGUGAGCAAGGAUCUCCAGGAGCAGCUGGACAGAAAGGACCACCUGGACCCAUCGGACCUCCUGGUCUCCCAGGCCUGCGUGGAGACCCCGGUUCCAAGGGAGAGAAGGGACACCCAGGUCUUAUCGGGCUCAUUGGACCCCCGGGAGAGCAGGGAGAGAAGGGAGACCGAGGUCUGUCUGGGCCUCAGGGAUCCAGUGGACCCAAAGGAGAGACCGGAAUGCCUGGAGGAACUGGACCCCUCGGCCCCGCUGGUCCUCCUGGUCUGCCUGGUUCCCAAGGUAUCAAAGGAGCUAAGGGUUCUACUGGAGGAACUGGUCCAAAGGGAGAAAAGGGCGUCCAAGGACCUCCUGGACCUCCUGGUCCACCAGGCGAGGUGAUCCAGCCUCUGCCCAUCCAGAGGAGCCCCAAGUCCAAGCGCUCCAUCGACGCCAGCCAGCUGCUCACAGAGUCCGACCCCGAGAUGCCUGCAUCCGACGCCACGGGCGCCGAGUUCCUGAUGGGCAGCGAAGGCAUGGAGGAGAUCUUCGGCUCUCUGAACUCGCUACGGCAGGAGAUCGAGACCAUGCGCUUCCCUCUGGGCACCCAGGACAGUCCGGCCCGCACCUGCCAGGACCUGCACCUCAGUCAGCCGGACCUGAAGGACGGAGAAUACUGGAUCGACCCGAACCAGGGCUGCUCCAGAGACUCCUUCAAGGUCUUCUGCAACUUCACAAAUGGAGCUGAGACGUGCCUCCACCCCAGCAAGAGCGUCAGCACGGUGAAGAUGAGCUCAUGGAACAAAGAGACUCCAGGGUCCUGGUACAGUCAGUUUUCCACUGGCAGUAAGUUCCACUACGUGGACUCUGACGGGGAACCUGUGGGCGUGGUCCAGAUGGGCUUCCUGCGUCUGCUGAGCGUCCAGGCCCGACAGAACCUCACCUACCACUGCCACCGCUCCGUGGCCUGGGCCGAGCAGAGCGCCAAGAACAGCUACAGCCGAGCGCUGCACCUCCAGGGCGCCAACGACGACGAGCUGAGCUACGAAACCAACCCCUACAUCAAAGCGCUGGUGGACGGCUGCUCUUAUCGGAAGGGCUUCGACAGGACGGUGCUGGAGAUCAACACGCCGCAGGUGGAGCAUCUUCCUCUGUUGGACGUCAAGGUGUCAGACUUUGGGGAGAGCAACCAGCAGUUUGGUUUUGAAGUGGGACCAGUUUGUUUCCAAGGCUAAACACACACACACAUGCACACAUACACACACAACCACACACAUACACACUUAAAGACACACUUUUAUAUGUAACACAUGCCCAGUAAUUUGUAAAUUAACUUGUAAAUGAUAUGAAAAACACACACACACACACACACACACACACACACACACACACACACACACACACACACACACACACACACACACACACAAACAAAUGCUGUUGUGAGACAAACGUGUUCACGUUUGAGUAUGAGUUUGGGGAAACCAACAUCCUCCCAACAAUUAAUGGACGUCCAAAAAGUAAAGAGGAGAGUAAAGAUAAACUCGCAGAGAGAGAAGAACAGACCGUGAAACAGGAAGAAAACACCUUCAGAACAGAUCUGCGUUUUCUGCAGCGACAGAAGUCGCUCAAACAAAGAGAACACACCGGCAACUUGAAGUCUGAAGCCUGAUCCCCUCUUGCUCCUCCCGCUGUCUGUUUGUCCACUUACAUCACCUGCUCUACCUCCCUCCUCAUCCUCCUCAUCCUCCUCAUCUUCCUCAUCCUCCUCAUCCUCCUCAUCCUCCUCAUCUUCACCCUCUGACAUCUUUUCCAUUUCCUUAGGUUCACGUUCACACUGAGUGACUUGUUUGAGUGCCUUCAUCAUGUUGCUCAGUGACAUAAACCUCAGCUCUUAACUUUGAUGAAGCAGCCAAAGAAUUAAUUCCACCAGUUUCACCUGGACUUUGAUUGAAUCCUCCACUUUAUGAUGUGUAAUGAUGUCGUCAUGCAUUUCCAUUAAAAUAAUUAAACACUGUGAUCCACAGCUCAAACUGAUGGUUAAUGUGCCGUGAUUUGCAGACAGGCGGAUGAAUCCAACAUGAAUUAUUGAUUUGAUGUUGGACCGAAAGCGCUGGAGGCGAAACAGAGCAUGUGUUGAUACGGAGACGAGGGGAUUUAACAGCCAAGGUUUAAACUGGGCUAAACUUGAUGCUAAUGUUCUUGCAUGCUACUGGUGAUACUGGUGUUACUGGGGCUGCUGGUGCCUUAGCAAAGACAGAUUCAGUCAGGUUUUCUGGUUUGACAUCCAGCACAUAACUCUGAAUAUCAUUUUCAUUUUAGUUCCCUCCUUUUUCCUGCAUCAGUGAAUAAAACACACGCUUUCCUGAAAACAGAUGUGACAAGGUGCUAAUUAACUCAGCUCUAAACCUUUGUUUCCAUUUCCUUCAACUGGUGCUUUACAAUAUUAUGAAGCUUUUUACUGGGGAAAAUGUGCAUUACACUCCAUUUGUACAGAAAUAGUGAUAUUCUAUUGUAUUUAUUGAAAACAAACAGGGUGCUUUAAGAUUAAAAACCAGGACCAUCAAAUAUUCCAGUCAAAUGUGGUAUCUUCCAUUUGUAUUUAUUUCCUGUAGCUGACAAUCGAAGGUCACGUGAAGCGAGUCUGAGUGACUUCUGCUGCUUCUGCCCUUUUGUACGACCAAAGAAUCGGUGGCCAUAUUUUAUUGUAAAAGCCCUUUUAGUGUUUUCAUCAAACUGUACUGUGCUGUUACAUUUGCUUCCACUGUAACGAUUAAACGGUGACUCUCCAGCUCCGUCACGCUGUUUGCUGUUGUUGCUUCACUGGGCUUUGAACGCACCACACGUCCAUCAGAGACCACAGCGGGGGAGAGGAUGAGAGGGAGGGACGACUGUCAGCCAUGAGAUUAAUGGGAUUAUUAGUUGUAACUGUAACAAGGCUGAGGGUCCGGGUUCAUUGCUUUUUGUUGAUAUAUGACCAGCUGGGUGGGAUUAACGGCGCUAAGAAUAAAGAUCUCUGCUUGAGAUUCUCAACAGAGAACAACCUCAAACUAUUUGUUUUUACUGUGUUGAACAUUUUAACAUUAUGGUGCUGAAAAGAGAAAAGUACUAUUUUAUAAUGUGUGUAAGUAAUUUUUUAAUUCUUGUUUCUGUAAUAUAUAAUCUUUUUAAAAAGA